AUGAAGGUGACAGUUAGCAAAGAAAGCAAGAACAAAAACAAGAGAUGCUUUUCUUCCCCGAUGAGAUUUUUUAACAAAUUUGGAGAUCUUUAUGUGAAAAUCAUGUCAAAAUGGGCCAACCACUUAGAGUCAACGGGAGUCAAUGUCACCACUUUGCCCAGAAGUUUUAGUGUGAGCUCAAGUAGAUUGAGUAGUGGUGACCAGGAUCUAGUAGAGUUAAUGAGAAUUGCCUCACGAAGAGGUCUGGCUAAAAAGGUCGAGUCUGAGUUUUUAAGGCAAAAAGGGUUAGCACAUGGGUCGACCCGGAUGAAUGAUGGGUUGCAUAGUCGAAGUGUUGGUGUUAUGGGGAAGAUCGAUGAAGAUGAAAGUUUUGAUUUUGGUGGGGGCAAUGAUUUUAAAAUUAACGGUGUUAAUUUUGCAAGAAGUAGAAGUCAUGUUGGUUUAACACGAAAUAAUGGGAUGUUCUAG